AUGGCUUCCUCGUCGCCGCCGUUUGUUCCUGCACUCAUCGUGGUCGACUUCCAGGAGGACUUCUGCCCGCCCUCCGGCUCACUCGCUAUCCCGCAGGGCCGCGACAUCGCGCCGACCGUCAACGAGCUGCUGUCCCUGCCGUCGUUCGCCGUCCGGAUAGCGACGCAGGACUGGCACCCGGCGGACCACAUCUCCUUCGCGGCAAACCAUCAUGGGCCGCCCAAGCAGCCGUUCGUCGACAGCGCCACCAUCGUCAACCCUCACGACGCGUCCGAGAGCUACGAGACGCGGCUGUGGCCCGUCCACUGCGUCCAGGGGACCAAGGGUGCGGAGCUGGUGCCCGAGCUGGCGGCGGACAGGGUCGACGUCGUGGUCAAGAAGGGCACCGACGCCCGCGUCGAGAUGUACAGCGCCUUCUACGACCCGUUUGACAGCCCGCGGGUGAGCGACUCGGGCCUGGCGCGCACGCUCAGGGACAGGGGCGUCACGCAUGUGUACGUCGUCGGGCUGGCGUUCGACUACUGCGUGAGCGCCACGGCUGCGGACGCGGCCAAGGAGGGCUUCGUCACGUACGUGGUCCAGGAGGGUACGCGGGCUGUCGACGCCUCUGGAUGGGACAAGUGCAGGGAGGGGCUGGCCAGCAAGGGCGUCAAGGUUGUCAGCCUGGAGGGGGAAGAGGUUCAGAGGCUGAAGGCUGCGGCCUGA